GCACAGUUGUGGCCGCUGCUUUUAUGCCUGCAAAGGCGCCUCCUGUUUUCACCUGAAGUAAAAACCGGUUCGGGUUGUUGUUGUGAAACGCCACGUGAAUGGGACGCAGCCCUGCUUUCGGUUGUAGUUGAUGCCAACGUCGCUGAUGUUGCUCCAGAGAUGUUUUGGACGCAGCCGCAGUUUGUCUGGUUCCUGUCUCCGUCUCAGUCAGUCACAGAUCGGGGGCUCCCUGCACUCCCCGCAUUCGCUAGCUGGUUAGCAGACUUUGAAACUAAGUAACCUCUUAAAAAAUUAGGCUAAUUCAGACCCAGAAGAGAAAACGUCACAUUAACAGGGAGCGAACAAAAUGCCUGCGGUCUCUAAAGGGGAUGGGAUGCGUGGCCUGGCCGUGUUCAUCUCUGACAUUAGGAACUGUAAAAGUAAAGAGGCUGAAAUUAAGAGGAUUAACAAAGAGCUGGCCAAUAUCCGUUCCAAGUUUAAAGGAGACAAGGCCCUAGAUGGCUACAGCAAAAAGAAGUACGUCUGCAAGCUGCUGUUCAUUUUUCUCCUGGGCCAUGAUAUUGAUUUUGGUCACAUGGAGGCCGUCAACCUCCUCAGCUCCAACAAGUACACAGAGAAACAAAUUGGUUACCUAUUCAUCUCAGUGUUGGUGAACUCUAACAGUGACCUGAUCCGUCUAAUCAAUAAUGCCAUUAAGAAUGACCUGGGCAGCCGCAACCCCACCUUCAUGAACCUGGCCCUGCACUGCAUAGCUAAUGUGGGCAGCAGGGAAAUGGCUGAGGCUUUUGCUUCUGAAAUUCCCAGCAUCCUGGUGGCAGGGGAUACCAUGGACAGCGUGAAGCAGAGUGCAGCACUAUGUUUGCUUCGACUGAACAGGACAUCUGCUGACCUGGUGCCCAUGGGUGAAUGGACGGCACGAGUGGUCCAUCUCCUUAAUGAUCAGCACCUGGGAGUAGUAACUGCAGCCACCAGCCUCAUCACCACUCUGGCCCAGAAGAGUCCAGACGACUUCAAAACAUCCAUCUCACUGGCCGUGGCCCGGCUAAGUAGGAUAGUGACGUCUGCAUCCAUCGACCUCCAGGAUUACACAUACUACUUUGUUGCUGCGCCAUGGUUAUCUGUCAAAUUGCUGCGCCUGCUACAGUGCUACCCUCCACCUGAGGAUGCAGCACUGCGAAGUCGUCUGACAGAGUGUCUGGAAACCAUCCUCAAUAAAGCCCAGGAGCCGCCCAAGUCCAAGAAGGUCCAGCACUCCAAUGCAAAGAAUGCUGUUCUGUUUGAAGCCAUCUCACUCAUCAUCCACCAUGACAGUGAGCCCACCCUGUUGGUACGGGCCUGCAACCAGUUAGGCCAGUUUCUGCAGCACAGAGAAACCAACCUCCGUUACUUGGCUCUGGAGAGCAUGUGCACACUGGCCAGUUCGGAGUUUUCUCAUGAGACAGUAAAGACGCACAUAGAAACUGUGAUCAAUGCUUUAAAGACAGAGCGAGAUGUGAGUGUUCGCCAGCGGGCUGUUGAUCUGCUCUAUGCCAUGUGUGACCGUAGCAACGCCAAGCAGAUUGUGGCAGAGAUGCUGAGCUAUCUGGAGACCGCCGACUACUCAAUCAGAGAGGAGAUAGUGCUCAAGGUGGCUAUCCUGGCAGAAAAAUAUGCUGUGGACUACACCUGGUACGUGGAUACGAUCCUCAACCUAAUCCGCAUCGCCGGUGACUAUGUCAGUGAGGAAGUGUGGUAUCGUGUCAUCCAGAUCGUCAUAAACCGAGAAGAUGUCCAAGGCUAUGCUGCCAAGACUGUCUUUGAGGCACUACAGGCUCCCGCCUGCCAUGAGAACCUGGUUAAGGUGGGGGGUUAUAUCCUGGGGGAGUUCGGGAACCUAAUUGCUGGGGACUCACGCUCCAGCCCUCUGGUCCAGUUCAACCUUUUACACUCCAAGUUCCAUCUGUGCUCUGUUCCAACUCGGGCGCUGUUGCUGUCUGCCUACAUCAAGUUCAUUAACUUGUUUCCAGAGGUGAAGGCCACCAUCCAAGACGUCCUGCGCUCAGACAGCCAGCUCCGCAACUCUGACGUGGAGCUUCAGCAGAGAGCUGUCGAGUACCUGAGGCUCAGCUGCAUCGCCAGCACAGACAUACUGGCCACAGUCUUAGAAGAGAUGCCCCCGUUCCCAGAGAGAGAGUCUUCAAUCCUGGCCAAACUGAAGAAGAAGAAAGGCCCAGGCAACCUGCCCGACAUCGACGAUGCCCGGAGGAACGUCAACGGCAGCACCGAGCACAGUGAGAACACUGAAGCCACAAAAAAGUCUUCUCCUUCACUGGUGGCAGACCUUCUCCCUACCAACAGACCUCGCCCUGCCUCCUCUAGUCCCAUCAUGCGCUCUGCUGGGACCAUGGGUACCACGCACCCUUUCACAGACCUGCUCAAUCUAAACUCCACCCCUUCUGCAGGAGCGAGUCUGCUGGUUGAUGUCUUCUCUGAAAGCCCUGCUCCUCCAUCCGUAGAUGUGUGUGAGGAGAACUUUCUCAGGUUUGUAUGUAAGAACAAUGGUGUCAUCUUUGAGAACCAGCUUCUGCAGAUUGGACUGAAGUCUGAGUACAGGCAGAACCUGGGGCGCAUCUAUGUGUUCUACGGCAACAAGACUUCCACCCAGUUCCUCAGCUUCUCCACAUCAGUGGCCAGCCAUGACUUGCUCAAGACUCAGCUGAAUGUCCAUGCGAAGGCAGUAGACCCCUUAAUAGACGGUGGGGCUCAGGUCCAGCAGAUGCUCAACAUUGAGUGCGUGUCGGAUUUCACAGAUGCACCGGUACUCAACAUCCAGUUUAGAUAUGGUGGAACUCUUCAGAACAUUGCAGUGAAACUCCCUGUGAUGCUGAACAAGUUCUUUCAGCCCACAGAGAUGACAUCCCAAGACUUCUUCCAACGCUGGAAACAGCUUGGAGCUCCUGAGCAAGAGGUCCAGAAAAUCUUCAAAGCCAAACACCCAAUGGACACAGAUGUUACCAAGGCCAAGAUCUUAGGUUUUGGUGUAGCUCUGCUGGACGGGGUGGAUCCCAAUCCUGCAAACUUUGUCGGAGCAGGAGUCAUUCACUCCAAGUGCACUCAGGUGGGCUGCCUCCUCAGGCUGGAGCCCAACACACAAGCACAGGUAAAGAUGUACCGCCUCACCCUCCGGACCAGCAAAGACUCUGUGUCCCAGAGGCUGUGUGACCUUCUCUCUGAACAGUUUUAGACUCAUCUCCCCGUAGCUUGACUUCAGAUUGGUUUGAUUUAUUGUACAGUGUAAAUUGUUUUUUUUGUGUUUUUUUUAAACAUUUUUACUUACUCUACAUUUAAAUGACUUGAAAUGUAUUCUGCUCACAUAGCUUUACUAACACGUCACUGCUUUAAGCCCACCUUGUUCUCUGUGGACAGGUCGGAGAGGCUCUGAAUUCUUCUCUGCAGUGUGCUGCAGAGCCAGUUCUGAACAUUUUGUGUUGUUGCUGCUUGGUACUGCCUUUCUUACAAACACUUUGAAGAGUUGGUUAGGAAGUGUUCAUGAAAUUAAAGGGAAAUUUGGGUAUUUUUCAAACCUGGGCCUACAUAUUUUGGUGUAUAAGUCAUUCUUUCCCGCCAAAACGAAAGUUUCACAGUCGGUCAAAUAGAUCAGCUCUAAGACUAACGCCCAGGUUUAAAAAUACCAGAAUUCCCCUUUUAUUUAGUUAAAAUUCUCAAUAAGAUUACCAAUGAACUGAGUUGUUCUGAUAGCCUUUCUAUGAGAAAUGUAUUCUUGUAGUGUUUCAAACAAAUGUUGCACAGAACGUAGAAGCUUUCCUGAACUUCUCACCACUUUUUUGCACUUGUUUGGUGAAAAAAAAAAAAAAAAGAUAUCACAUAAGUAGAUAAAAUAGAUUUAGACAUGAUGAUCAGAGUCAUCUUUUUGACUCUGAUGUCAGAAUUGUUACUUUUUCACAAAUUUUACACAUCUGUCAUCUCAGGACGCAAAGAAAAGGUUUGCUUUGUGGUAUUUUUAGCAAAAAAAAAAAAGGAGACUUUAGAUGCGCCAGUUAUGGUUCUGUGUUUUUCUUUAAGGCACAAAUUUUACACAGAAUUCAGACACAAAAAUGAAAUAGCGUAAAGUCAAUCAACAACACUAGGUAGCAAAUGUGUAUCGUUUUCUGAUGAUGAUGAAAUUGCCAGAAUAAUUUUUCUGCACAACCGUGCCUGUAAACAUUUGUUACUCUGAAGAGAGCAGAAAGAGCCUUUGAGUAGACAAGAGUAACAUUCUACGUCUGAAGCACUGCCACGCUGUCACACUACUUUCAAUGAAAUGCACUCAGAGCACUGCCAAACUGAUAUUUCUAUAUUUCAGUAACACAUGGCGUCUUUUCUGUUUUAUCUAAUAUAACCUCCUGGCUGUAGCUUUAUAUAUAAUGGACAGAUAUGAGAGUGAUGUUGAUCCUCUCUUAUCAAGAAAGCUAAUAAGGAUAUGUAGCAAAAUGUCAAAUUAUUCUUUAAAGAAAUAUUUAUACUAAUUUGAAGAAUUUCAGUGAUGUAAAUUGACAUUAUGUUAACAUUUUGGCAGAUUUAUCAAUAAGGGUACUUAAAUGUGGACCUGAGAUGGCUGUAAGCCCUUAACCAUUUAUGCAUUUGUCUUUUGGGGAAAAAGUUUUGCAUCAUAUUAGGAACAAUACUCGAUCCCUUUUGGAAGUGGAGGGAUUAUCCCUUUCUUUACACUCAGCCUGGACUGACUGGCACAGUGUGCCCUCUGUGUUACUGGAUGUCAUGGGGUAAAAUUUCAUAUAUACCAACAAUAAACAGAAAAAAGUAAAGAUGUAAAUGCCCACUUGACAAUAAGCAUUGAUGGUCUUUUCAGUACUAUUGAAAAGACAAAUGGGUAUAUGUUUACUGUCAAAGGUAUGACUGGACAAAGAGGACACAGCCAAAGAGAAUUGGCACCCGAAUCUGCUCUUCUCAACUGCACAGAGCUCUUUUAUUAAAAGCAUCUUUCAAGUCUGCAACUUAACUGUUCUGGCCUCAGAGUUUACAGUCCCAUUGGAGGCAUUUCAAGAUACAGCAGGCAGCAAAAAGGCUAUAGGAGUAUAGGAAAAACUCUAGACAGAGCUAACAGGAGAGUAAAUAUUCAAGUUCGAUUAGCUAGGCUGCUCAAAACACCCAGUAAAUGCUAAUGUUGCUCUGAAUUUACGGAAUGCGUAAUGAAGCUUCUGUUUUGUUACCUUUGUCAUGGUCUCUGUGUGAUUUGCCAUGUUUGUGUUACUUUCAGUAGCUCCCAAGUGGCCAAAAAAUCUGUUCAAUCGAUUCUCCUGUUUUUUUGUUUUUUUUUUUUAGCCUUGCUUUUGUUCAUCCAGUAUACUUGCUGCAUGGUUUGCUGCUCUGUACUUCCCUCUGCUGUUACAGACAUAGGCUCAGCUGGCCCACAGCUUUACAGUCCAAGUGGGGCCACCAAAAUACAAGCACCAAAAGGUUUGAUCCGUCGGGCCCCAUCCUAACCUCCAGCCCCUCGGUUUUUGUCAUUAACCUAACUGGAGCUGCGAUUUUAAUUGUUUACUUAAAGCUAAAGAUUGCCGACUGUGAUAAUUCACACCAUCAAAGCAACUGAGAGUCAUUACUGUGGAAUAGGAUUGGGGCCACUGUGAAAAAUGUGAGAGAACUUUCCCACAGAAUGCUCACACUGUAGAACGAACCACAAUGCUUGCAAUAACUUCAGACAGAAAAACCCUGCAUCACACACUAGACUAUUAUUUUUUAUUUCAAAGUGUAUAUUUCAAAUGGAUUUGAAAUGCAUGUUUGAUGCCGUCAUAUCUCAAUAAGAAAGUGACAGCUUGAGUUUACCCAACACUACUGAGAUAUUGCUGUGUGUGUAUAUAUAUAAUCUCAUUAUAUAAUCUCAUUAUAUCUUUAAACAUUACAGUGAUUGCUGAAAUUGACAGCAGAAAUAAGUAAAUACGUUUUUGCUGAUUCCACAUAUCUCAAUGGUUCAAUCCACUGCCAACUGACUAAACUGGGAUGCCAGAAAUCUGGCAGUAAACACAUUUCUUUGCCUUGCACACUGUAAUGGCUUUAGAGAAAUGAAACACCAUUCAUGUAUAGAUUAUCUUCUCUAUGCUAUUCUGUCUGCAGCUGGGCUGGGAUUCUGCCCCAAAAAUGAAGGCUGAAUGAUGGCAUAAAGGAAGUGUGUCUGCCGUUGUGCAACCAAAACAGAAUGUGUCCAGAAUUCUGGGAGAAUUUGGAGAUUGGAUUUAGAAUUCAGUCUACUUUUUUCUCAGAAUUCUGACUUCUGAUUCACAGUGGCCCCUGGCCUCUACUGUAUAUUUCUCAGGGCUCCCUGGAUUCUCAUAUAGAGCAGGGUUUAAGUGGAGAUAGGGUUCAACCUUUAUACUAAAUUAUACUGUAGAUAUAUGGGCCUAGCCUGUGACAUGAAGACAGACAGUUUGUGUCAUUUUCACAAAAACUUAACAAUGCUGUUGUUUCUUGUGCCUUCUAAGAUGUGUUCGGUCAGGAUUGUGCUGCAUUUGAAAAAAGUAAAAGGCCGCAUAUGUUGUUGUUUACAUGUAAUGGCAUUUCAACAUUCACAUCCAAAAAGUUUUUGUUUGUUGUUUUUACGAAUAAAGAAAUGUGCUUGCUUUUGAAUGAACAAAAAAACGGAUUAUUUUACAGUAUAGUACAACGUUUUAACACUCAGUCCUGGUUGAGUCGCGCCCCCUGGUGGCUCUCAGAUAUGCGUGUACCAUUUCCAUCUCUGCUUUGCAUCACCUGUUGUAUCUGAAUGAAUAUCCACUGCCGGAGGUACUAAUGACAUUUCAGCACCAGUGAUUUUAUACCAAGGCUGACGCAUUAACAGAUGGUCUCACAGUUAACAUGCUUGAAUUGUUGCCAAUUACUUUCAGGACUUUCACCUUAUUUUACCAGAGACAUGCUUAACAUUUUCUGCUUUUUCACAAUUACAGGUGCCAUCAUGAUUUUACCUUAUUGAUGUGAAAGACUCCAUGUAGAAGCUUUUAUAGUUGUUGAAUAAUAAAAAAAAUAUAUAUGAUUGUUAGAAUAAAGAGGUGUAUUUGAUAUGUUUUUUUAACCAUUGCCCUGCCACCCCGUGCUUUGUUCUGAAACAGGCUGCUUUUGUACGAUCCAGAAUUGUUUGUUACAUCUACACUAUGUUCGUUGUCACCAUGUGGUUAUGCUAAUACAGACGUGUGUCUCUUUC